AGACGCACCGAGAGACGGUGGUGUGCGAGCAAGGGAGCCCGUGCGUAUUUACGCUCAUCAGAAUCCGGGGGGGGGGGGCGCGGGCGGAAAGUCCUGCGGAGUGCCCGCGGCGAGGCUGACGGGAGAGCCCCGGAGCCGGCAGUGAGUGACAGAGACGUCAGAGAGGAGGAAGGUCCGCACGAGAUUGCUCGCUCAUAUUGGCUUUUUUUUUUUUAUUGACUGCUCAUCCGCGCGCGCUGUCCCGGCUGGCGUUCACGCGCGGCUGAGGAAGAAAGCAAACAAGUUGUCUAUAAGAAGAAGGGUCCGAUUCAGUCCGAGCGGCUCCAGAUUUAUAUACAAAUAUAUAUUUGUUCAGCAUCCCUCUUUUCUCCCCUCCUUCUACCCCGUCCCUUCUGAGUGCGGAGUGGCAGAAGGAGGGACGGGAGAACCCGGGCGGACUGACCGUGAAGCUGCGCGCUUUCCCGGUGGAUGAUCCACCGCAUGCGGGGCGAUGGAUUAACAGCCUCCUAUACGGACCCCUGCGGUUGCUUAUUUUUUCUUUUCUUUUUACCACCUCCGACCCUCCUGUUCACCUCGGGAUUAUUUCAGCUCUCACCGACCUGCCCGACAAUCCUUCUCGAGAUGACCGAGGAAUAUGUUUUGCGGUGCGUCCUGAUGCUCUGCUGUGCGCUCCUCACCGCCAACGCAAGUAACUGGCUGUACCUGGCCAAGCUGUCGUCAGUGGGAAGCAUCCGGGACGAGGAGACGUGCGAGAGGUUACGAGGCCUCAUCCAGAGACAGGUCCAGAUCUGUAAGCGCAGUGUGGAGGUGAUGGAUGCGGUGCGUCGUGGAGCCCAGCUGGCUAUAGACGAGUGUCAGUUCCAGUUUCGCAGCCGCCGAUGGAACUGCUCCACUCUGGAGACCAUGCCCGUGUUUGGCAAAAUCGUCACCCAGGGCACCCGUGAGGCAGCCUUUGUGUAUGCCAUCUCAGCAGCCAGUGUGGCGUUUGCGGUCACAAGGGCCUGCAGCAGUGGAGAGCUGGAAAAAUGUGGCUGCGACCACAAUGUACAUGGAGUCAGUCCAGAGGGGUUCCAGUGGUCGGGCUGCAGUGAUAACAUUGCCUAUGGCGUGGCCUUUUCCCAGUCCUUUGUGGACGUGAGGGAGAGGAGUAAAGGCCAAUCCCCCAGUCGGGCUCUCAUGAACUUGCACAACAACGAGGCUGGCAGGAAGGCCAUCCUGUCCCACAUGCGUGUGGAGUGCAAAUGUCACGGCGUGUCAGGGUCCUGUGAGGUCAAGACCUGCUGGAAAGCCAUGCCGCCCUUCCGCAAAGUGGGCAAUGUCAUCAAGGAGAAGUUUGACGGCGCCACUGAGGUGGAGCAGCGCGAGGUGGGCACCACCAAAGUCCUGAUGCCUCGGAACUCCCAGUUCAAACCUCACACGGACGAAGAUCUGGUCUACCUGGAACCCAGUCCAGAUUUCUGCGACUAUGACCCGCGCACUCCGGGUAUGCUGGGCACCGUGGGCCGCCAGUGUAACCGAACGUCGAAGGCCAUCGACGGCUGCGAGCUGAUGUGCUGUGGCCGCGGCUUCCAGACGCAGGAAGUGGAGGUGGUGGACAGGUGCAGCUGUAAGUUCCACUGGUGCUGUUAUGUCAAGUGCAAACAGUGUCGCAAAAUGGUGGAGAUGCACACUUGCCGGUGAUGGGAGCACAGAGGGCACUGCUGAUGAACAAAACAAACGCCCCACACCCCUGCUCGAUUACGAAACGCCAAAGGGAGCAAGGAGGACUUGUUAACCUCCCUCUUCUCCCGCUUGAAACCACCCCACCCCCCAACUACUGGUCAACGGAAACAGACUGAAUGGCUUAGAAGUAAAAUGUCAUCCUAUUCAUUUUAUGACACCUUCAUUGACAUCAGUAGAUUUUGCAUGGGUUUUCCGACAAAGCCACAGAGGCAGGUUGUUUCUUCUCAAGUAGAGAGCGUCUUUCCCUUUCUGCCCCCUUCCCUCACUCUGAUGUUUGCUUUGUCAUUGAUGCUUCUUAUUUUUGUAAUGUUUAACUUAUUUUGUUGAGACUGAUGAGGGGUGGACCUAGAAGGAGGGGACAGACCAAAGGAGAAAAUAAGGGACAAACUGGACCCACGGGUGGGCAGACGGGUGGGUGGGGUUCAAAGGGUUGGGGUCGGGUCAAGAGGAGGGUUGUUUGACCUCUAUCCUUGCUGCUGCUGCUUUUGGAGGACACAGUUGGAGUGCUGGAUGUCAAAAAAAAUUUAAAAGGGAGAUGCCGAGUCUGUCGGAGGACGGACUUGAACAACAGCAGACGGACUUUCUGUGAUUCGCUUCCUGAGUGUAACAUGGCUGUGCUGCGCUGAGGUUCAGUUGCUGUUGAGUCAUUUAUUUUGCCCCCUGCAAUGCCCUGAUGCUGCUCCACUCUCUCACACACACACACACACACACACACACACACACACACGCUCACUGUCCUUCUGUCAGAGGCAGGAUGCUGAUAGACAGGUGAACAGCCACUGUCAGCUCCUUCCUUGUCUUUUCUUUACAGUACUGGCAGGCGAUGGUCACAUCGAGACACACAUACCCAGCAAAAAUUGUUAAAAAAUGGACACCCAUAUUUAUCCUCAGCUGCUCUGCCGGCAACAAAGAAACCAGACACCUUGCAACAAAACAGCUUCCAAAUCCGAUUUGAAACAAUUUCUGAAAAAGUCUUCUCAUUCAGGAUAGUCGUUGAUCUUGGACUCCGCGCGACCGUCGCCGUCUGCUAAAAAUGCUAGUCGGGUUCAUGCAAACAUGAGUGAACGCAUGCACCGGCAAAAAUCACGCAAAUGUAAACACGCGUACACAAAGGGGUCUGCCAGAGGGUUGCCGAGCAUGCUCACCAUGCAUGAAGACUGAAGCACUUUCUCUCCAAGCGCACAUAGAGCCCUCGACCCCACAGCAACGAACGAUCCGACCACAUACUAGAUUUUCCCUGUUCCUCUCACUCACACACGCAUACACGCACGCAUGCACACACACAUACACACACGCAUGCACACACACACACACACACACACGGUUUCCCAUGCCACUGUCAGGACUCUAUUGUUGUCUUGUACCACCACCAUAAAGCCAAGCUUUCCUAUAAUAACGUGCUAUCAUUAUAGAGACAUACUGUAGAUCUGUAAAGACUUAUACACUGAAGAAGACUAUACUGCCUAUGAAUGUAUGUUAAUACGGAAUAUAUGCUGUGUC